CUCAGAGGCGCCAGACCUGGACCGGGCCUGACUCUCGCGAGAACGGCGCUGUUGUCGCGAGACUACGGUCCGGCGAGGCUCCUGGAUUCAACUGGACUCCUGCCUGCUGUUGACGCUGCCGUGGACACCAGUCAUCAUGGGAAGCGUGUUCAGCAACCUGUUGAAGAGCCUGAUCGGCAAGAAGGAGAUGAGGAUUCUGAUGGUGGGACUGGACGCUGCUGGCAAGACCACCAUCCUGUACAAGCUGAAGCUGGGGGAGAUCGUCACCACCAUCCCCACCAUCGGUUUCAAUGUGGAGACGGUGGAGUACAAGAACAUCAGCUUCACGGUGUGGGACGUGGGCGGCCAGGACAAGAUCCGUCCUCUGUGGCGGCACUACUUCCAGAACACCCAAGGUCUGAUCUUCGUGGUGGACAGCAACGACCGCGAGCGCGUGACUGAAGCUCGGGAGGAGCUGAUGAGGAUGCUGUCGGAGGACGAGCUGCGAGAUGCCGUCCUGCUGGUCUUUGCCAACAAACAGGAUCUUCCCAACGCCAUGAACGCGGCUGAGAUCACAGACAAGUUGGGCCUUCACUCGCUGCGCCAACGCAACUGGUACAUCCAGGCCACCUGCGCCACCAGCGGCGACGGCCUGUACGAGGGUCUGGACUGGCUGGCCACCCAGCUGAAGAACAAGAAGUAAAGGGGACAGUCCGUCGUGAGGGAGAGCCCGGGACUGGGAGGGCCGGCCUCUGCUUCGAGCACGUCCUCUCUGUUCCCAUGGAGAGCUGGUGCUGAGGGAGCAGACGCCCCGGGUGCCCUGGUUUAGGUCGGCAGUUUCACCGUCGUCCUCAUCCUCUCCCAUCAUCAUCGUCAUCCUCCUUGUUGUUAUCGUCCUCUCCCAUCUGCAUCUUCACCAUCGUCAUGAUGGUUGCUCAUACUGGCUGCAGCUGCACUGACUUCCUGUUUCUCCUGGCGUGGGACCCAGCGGUGUCUUCUUUGCUCCACUCUGGUCUCUUCUCCUCUGCUUCCUCCCUCCGUGUCCCGUCAUGUGCUGGAGUGUACUCAUGGUCAGCGUCCUCAGCCGUCUGGUGUCAUGGUGUCUGCUGAAGCUCUGGGAUGCUUCAGGCUGGCCUUCAGGCCGUGGGAUGCUUCAGACCUGACUCCUCGUUCGUCUUGCUGUGGGACACUCUCUCUUCCACACCUUUCCACUCACACCUGCUGUGGUUUCGCUCGAGCCGUUGACUUGGUGACACCAGUCUUGUGUUUGUUGAUGAUUUUUGGGACCAAAUAUCCAGGUUUUUCUCUGCUUUGGAUUUGUGUAACAAGAUGCUGACUCGUGUGGUACAACCUGCUGUGUGGACGAGCAAGUGUAAAGACACCAACCCAUGGUUUAGUACCAGCGUCCAGCUAUUGUGUGUGUGUCUGUCCUUGUUGAGCUAUUCUUGUGGGGACCCCACAAAUCCAAGCCUCAAUUUGAGGGUUGACGCUUCAAAAUCGCUGACUCGUAACUGGGUUUCAGUCUGGUUCAGUUAGUCAUGUGUUUGGCAGGGUUAGGUUCAGGUCCACACACGGAUAGCGAGACAGUGUGUAGUUGUGCUGGGGUCGUCCCUGGUUUGGGGGGUCUCCGGCGCCCCCGCUACUGAGAGCCAACACAUGGAAAGACUGAAGCAUGUUGUGAGUCAGCGAUCGUCUGCUGGCCUGUGGGUGGCACCGAGUGACGCCGACACAAGUGGACGCUGAGGAGCGCCAUGCUCCUUCUUCUGUCCACGUGGCAGCUGCUGUUCUCUUUGGCUCAUUUGAUUCCACGUCGUACUCGUCUCCCAAUCCUGACUUUGAAUCUGCUGACGCGGCAGAACUGGGCCUCCACAAGGACUCGCCACACGUACGCCUGGUGAGGGUUGAAUCAAAGAACAUUUGGUGACUCUGUUAUUGUUGAUCAAUCAAUAAAGUCUCGGACACAGUCGUCUGUCUGUCGGCGGCAC